AUGGCUUUUUCGUUCGGAGCCACGCCGGCGGCGUCUAGCGCUCCAUCUGGCUUCAGUUUUGGAGCAAAUACGGCAGCACCCGCGGCUCCAAGUAGCUUUAACUUUAACCUAUCCACUCCCUCUACCCCCAGUCCAUUUAACACUUCCACGACGACUCCAGCAGCCACAGGAUUCGGUUUUUUCGGAGCGCAACAACCAGCACCUCAAGCCGUAGGUCCACCAAUCACAUUGGAGACGACGUUUGAAGCGUUGCCCAAGGACGUGCAAAAGAACAUGACGCAAUUUCAUAUGUUUCUAAAAGAACAGGACCAAUUGGAUACAUUUCUAAAAAAAGUGUCACCUCAUCAGAUGACAAUUUUGCGGGAGAAUAUGACUCGCUUAGAACAAGAGGUACUGGCAAGACGUAAUCGUCAAGACCGUCAAACAGCUGCUGUGCAACAUUUACGACAAGAUGUACGACAGCUGUUACAUCAAGUAGAUGCUGCUACACUAAGUCGUCGAAGCCUGGACAAUAGCAGCAAUGACAGUGCUUCGAACUUGUAUCACGUCAUGCGACGUGUUGAAAUGCCAUCGCCGUAUUAUUGGAAGCUACUGGAUCAUUAUGAGCAAAAAAUGGCAGCAAUUAAAGCUCAGAUUGAGGAUGUGGAAGCUCAGUUAAAACCCGUUAACACUAGUACCGCCAAUGCAAUCGGACUACCUGCACCGGCUCAGCUACAGCAAAUUUUACUUGCUCAGAACACUGCACUCAUGCAGGCUGCUGCUCGUGUGGCUGAAGUACACGAGAAGGCAGAGGAGAUGCGGCAAUUGUUUUUAGCUAAAAUGAAAGAAGAUUUGGCUCGACAUGGUGAGAACCCAGCAGCUUUUCAGAACCCGUUCGACAAGCGCAAGAAAAGCAGCGAGGUGGACAAACGCGACGCUAUUGACAAGAUUCGCUUUCGCACGAGUGUUGCACCCACGAUCGUUACCCCACAGCCGGUGGCAGCGGCUCCUGCCGCCACUCCGUCACUCUUUGGAUUUGGAACUGCGACGCCUGCAGCGGCACCUGCUCCAGCUCCAGCUCCUGCCAGUGGAUUCAGUUUCGGUGCUUCGUCUGCUCCAGCCAAGUCGGUGUCAUUUAACCUCGGAAGCGCCACAUCCAUGGCACCCCUCACCACAACCGCUAGUGUUACGGCUGCACCCUUUCCGGCAGGGUCAAUGGCAGCAGCUCCUGCAGCUGGAGGUUUCACGGCCCCCACAGUUGCAACUAGCGGUUUUGGCAGCAUCACUUCGUCAUUCCUUCCGCCCGCCUCUGCCGACGGUAAGACUUCAGUCGGUAGUAAACGUGGUAGUGGCCGUGCGCACAAGAAGCGUUAG